GACUCCCUCUUUUCUUUUGAUUUGCUUUGCUUUGCUUUGCUUUGCUUGUUUCUUCAAAUGGAGGAGAAAUAUGAGCCAUUGAAAGAGCUUGGUUCUGGGAACUUUGGAGUGGCAAGGCUGGUUAGAGAUAAGAAGACUAAGGAGUUGCUUGCAGUCAAAUACAUUGAAAGAGGAACAAAGAUUGAUGAAAAUGUUCAAAGGGAAAUCAUCAAUCACAGAUCACUUAGGCAUCCAAACAUCAUUAGGUUCAAGGAGGUGUUGUUAACUCCAACACAUUUAGCUAUAGUCAUGGAAUACGCAGCUGGCGGUGAACUGUUUGUCAAGAUUUGCAGCGCCGGAAGAUUCAGCGAAGACGAGGCUCGGUUCUUCUUCCAACAGCUUAUAUCUGGAGUCAGCUACUGUCAUUCAAUGGAAAUUUGUCACAGAGAUCUUAAACUUGAGAACACUCUCUUAGAUGGUAGUCGAACCCCACGUCUCAAGAUUUGCGAUUUUGGCUAUUCAAAGUCUGGUCUAUUGCACUCGCAACCCAAGUCGACAGUUGGAACACCAGCAUACAUUGCCCCUGAGGUUCUAUCUCGUAAAGAAUAUGAUGGCAAGAUUGCAGAUGUUUGGUCCUGUGGAGUGACUCUUUAUGUUAUGCUUGUUGGAGCAUACCCUUUUGAAGAUCCCAGAGACCCUCGAAAUUUCCGUAAGACGAUUGGGAGAAUCAUGAGCGUUCAAUACUCGAUACCUGAUUAUGUGCGUGUUUCUGCUGAUUGUAGACACCUCCUUUCUCAUAUCUUUGUUGCUAACCCAUCUAAGAGGAUGAGCAUAGCAGAAAUCAAGAAACAUCCAUGGUUUCUAAAGAACAUGCCAAAGGAUCUGGUUGAAGGGGAGAAAACAAACUAUGAAAACACAAGCGGUGAUCAAUCACCUCAAAGCGUUGAUGAGAUCAAUCGGAUUAUUGAAGAGGCCAAGACUCCCGGGGAAGGAUUGAACACGAAUGGACAGAGUGUGAUUGGCAGCGGAUCAUUGGAUCCGGAUGAUGACGAGAUUGAUUUGGAAGAGGAGAUCGAAUAGGGUGGAGGCCAAGUUUGAGAAAUAGUAUCAAAGUUUGGUUGUUUGUGUAGAUUAAGUUUGGCAUAAGAUAUUUGAUGUAAUGGAUUGGAGUGGAUAAGUUAUGAAAUUGAUAAAUUAAAAAUAGUGUGC